AUGGUUCUUGGCCGGAAAAAAGCAGCAGCUAGAGAACUUGCCAAUGUGGUCAAGCUGGGGACAGUUUUGGAGAAGUCCAAGUUUCUGCGCCAAGUUGGCGACAUUUUCAUGAAUUUUGGUGAAACAGAUACGGCGUAUCAGUGCUACAGAGAAGGACUUCUUCACAGCAAGAUUUCCAAGGACGUCGACAUCACUUUGGUGACGUACCUAAAAUCGAAGAUGGCAGACUUCGAGAACGAGCAUACCGACUCGUCCAGCUCUGUGGGGUCAAUAAUACGGUCCAAGGAAAAGACUUUCCGGUCCAUGAUUUCCGAAUUGUCUGUGCACGAAAAUUCCAGACAAGAACUGGACGACCUGGCCCAGAUGGUAGCAGAUCCGCGCAUGGAGCAGAGAUGUCCCUUUGUCAGGAAUUUGGUGGAGAAUUUUGCUGCUUCCUGUGUGCUAGAGUCUCAUCUAGACUCCUUUGAGUUUAAUGAGUGUCAGGAUACAUCGAUGAGCGAGUUUCUCGAUCUUUUGAUGGUGGAGCUGUUCAAAUUUCCCGAUCUGAGUCUUUACAAAAACAUUUUCAGCUCUGCGCGGUUGGAGCAGGUUUUGACUUAUUUGGGACUUGCGGCGCCGGAUUUCGAGUUGCCUGCGAACUUCCCGGACCUAAUAUCCAUUUUGCGCGAAAACUACGAAAUGAAAGAGCCGAUGUCGAAGGUGGUGGAAAGCCUGGAGUUUGAGCUGAAAAAAUCGCUACUGCUUGGUUGCAAACAGUAUGUGGAGAAAGAUUACGACGCUUCUCAGGAGACUUUCACCAGAGUGGUGAUUGCGUGUGAUCUGUUGUCCAAGAUCUGUUGUAUGACGGGCUUCAAGGGCUCGGACAAGCACGUUCUAGCAGAGCUCAACCAGGAAUGUCGCGAAAGACUGCGCAAGGUGAGCACCAUUUCCGGAAUUUAUUCGUCUUUUUACGCUGCGCAGAGUUUUAUAAGGCGUCAAGACUCGUCGUUUGACGAUCUGGCAACGAAAACUGUCGAGUUGAUGGCCCUUCUGCAAAACCUCAACAAGUACUACCUAACAGCAAGAUACAUGAAACUUCCCAUCAAGUACGACUGGAUCCAUCUGGCACUAGGAAAGCUGAAUGAGUGGCUGGCCACCUGUAAAAGCCGCCAACUCAGAAGAGAUUCCAACUCUCAUCAUGACCUCAGAAAACUGGACGACACGCAUCUGGAGUGUAUGCUAAGCCAUUACAUACGAGCGCUCAACUUGAAGCUUCCAGACGACCCGUGUAUCGUCGUGCUGUACGACAAAAUUAUCUGGGGCAUACUGAUGCACGGUGGCUACCAUAUCCAGACCCUCUGGAUUCUCAAGUUUUUCAGGGACUGCUGUGUGUUCUAUAGCGACACCUGUUUGCUCAGCUAUGAGGAAACAUCCUCGUACAACAGCGACGUUUUCAAGCUGCGGGACUACCUGGACGCUAACGUCCAGAUAGUGGUGAACAAACUGUACGAGCAACGCAAGCAACUGAGCAAGAAACAGGGGUCAAUAUUCGUGUCUUCGAGCGCGAAAUUCAUCCUGCCGCAGUUCUUCUACACGAGAUUCUGUGAGCUGGUGGCAUCCCAGGAGUAUACUGUCACGCCCGCGGUGUCGUUGAAGCACAACUUCAAGUUUCCUGGCGGCGUCAUGAAAGGCAUCCUCAAGGCCGACCCGGGAGCCGUCGAGUCUUGGCAACUGGACGGCCCGCAACCUGGUGUCUGA